AUGAGCAGCACAGAAAUAAGCAGCAGCAGCAGCAAGAGCAUGUUGAGCAGGUGCAUGAAGGCACCUAGUAAACUCCUUUCAUCAGCCAAGAGCUUCUAUGAUCAAACCAUGAACGAAGAUGUUGAAGACAUUGGUAUCGUUGAAGACCUAAUAGCCUCACCUCAUGGCUAUUUUUCUUCUUUCAUGCCCAGGAGCAGCAGCAGUAGCUCUUCAUUGUCGUCGUCGUCAUCGUCGAGGUCGAGUUCCAGCGAUAGCAGCUGCGAUGAUUACCUAUUUCAGAUCAAUUCCAAAGCUGCUACCAUGGGUCGGGCUAGUUCAGAGAGUGAGCUUAUGAGGAGAAGGAAGGAAGAUAGAGUAAAACAGUUACUCCGGCAACAAUCAUCGAAGAAGAUCAGUAAUUUGCCGCCGAAGAGUUCAAAUAAUAAGCUUGUAAAGAAAGUGGAGAUUGAAAUUCAGAAUCUACGGCUGCAGAGACAGCAGCAGGUGGCAAUGAAGGGAAGGAAGUUGAAGAGCCAAAGUGAGAGGAUUGGGACAAUUCAUGAAGAAGAAGAAGAGCUUUGUGAGCUUGGAGCUGAUGGUCGUGAUGUUAAGGAGAGUAGUGGGGUGUUUCUUUAUCCAAGAAGCAAGACCUGUUCUACUGCCACCGAGUGUCCUGGUGGUCCCUCUUUUCCUUUGUUUGAAAAAUAUAUGAUUUGA